GGUCGGCGUAAAUUCCACGUUCACUAAGAACUCAUCUGUUCCACGGUGGUUCACCAAAACGCCAUCUUCGUAGACUACGUCUAAAUCUUCAAGCGUCUGUGGCUUUUCUGGGUCCCUGAUAGUCCGGAUUAUAUCUUUAAACAAGAAAUACAUCACUUUGUAUUCGUAAGAAGAUGGCUCAACCACAAAGGAUUGAAACAGAUUCCAUGACACUGACCAGAUUUGUCCUGGCAGAACAGAAAAAAGUUCCCCAUGCAACAGGUGAAUUGACCCAACUACUCAACGCUCUGUUAACAGCCCUUAAGGCUGUAUCGUCAGCUGUGCGACGAGGUGGCAUUGCUAAACUUCAUGGAAUUGCUGGGCUUACCAAUAUCCAAGGUGAAGACCAGCACAAGAUUGAUGUACUUGCAAACAAGCUGUUUAUUAACAUGUUAAAGUCUUCCUUCACUACUUGUCUUAUGGUGUCAGAGGAAAAUGAGAAUGUAAUCGAAGUAGAGACAGAGAAACAGGGAAAAUAUGUUGUGUGUUUUGAUCCUCUAGACGGCUCUUCCAAUAUUGAUUGCCUUGUGUCUAUUGGGUCUAUAUUUUGUAUUUACAAGAAGAUAUCAGAAGGUGAAAUUGGUGUACAAGAUGCAUUGCAGCCUGGACGAAAUAUUGUUGCUGCUGGCUAUGCCUUAUAUGGUAGUGCUACCAUGGUAAUGUUGUCUAUUGGUCAGGGAGUUAAUGGAUUCAUGCUAGACCCUUCUAUUGGAGAGUUUGUCUUGACUGAACGCAAUGUCAGAAUCAAACCCCGUGGUAAAUAUUACAGUAUUAAUGAAGGUUACUCACAGUACUGGGAGAAAGGUGUAAUGGACUAUGUCAACAAUAAAAAGUAUCCAAAGGAGGGUUGUAAUGCUUACAAUGCUCGCUACAUUGGUUCCAUGGUGGCUGAUGUACACAGAACUAUUAUGUAUGGUGGGAUAUUUAUAUAUCCAGCAAACAAGAAAUCUCCAAAUGGCAAACUUCGUUUGCUAUAUGAGUGCAACCCAAUGGCAUACAUUGUAGAACAAGCAGGUGGUAUCGCAACUACUGGAACAAAACCUGUAUUGGAUGUUGUGCCUGAAAAUAUACAUCAACGUUGUCCUAUCGCACUGGGCUCACCUGAAGACGUCAAUGAAUACUUAGAAUGUGUGAAGAAAGUUUAAAGUUGAUAGAAAAUAUACUUAUCUUAAUGUCUGCAUAUGAUAGACCAAAUAAGUCACCUAGUAUGAAAAACCAUUGUUUGUCAUUACAUUAUUAGUUGUGUUUUCUGUGUUUUAAGUUGUUGUUGCCAUUAGCGAUUGUGAAUAAACAAUAAAUAAGAUAACAUGCAGCAUUAGCAUUAUCGUAUUUGCUCUAUUAGUAGCACAGUUACUGACAGGUAUGUCUAUGAUCUAAUAAAGUAAAGUUUUUAAUGAUCCAGUAUACGAUACAACCUACUGCUAGUCUAAAUGUGCUUUUAUUGGUGAUGUGUUUCUAAUAGAGUAAAUACUUUAAUUCAGAUCAUCACUCCACGAAUAAAAAUUAGCCAUAUGCAAACGUGAAGAGGACUGGAAAAUGUUAUUAGUUUAUUGACCCCAGAGAAGAUUAUCAUCUGUGCUUGUGCUUAAUAAAGUUUUAUGGAUUGUUUUUUUUUUUUUAUUUAAAGUUUUUAGUUUUAAUGAGUUUUAUCAUUGUUUGACUCCCAUGUGCAAAAUACAAAUAGAUUCUUUAAGUUUACUUUAUCUGUUUCACUCGUAUCUCUAUACUUUUCAUUCUAUUUCAAAUGAAAUUAGGUUAUGAGAACUAUGUAUAUUGAUUUCAUCAAAUUUUGCUUCUAAUCUGUGAAUGUAAUUAAGUAUAUUUACUUUUUUUGUGACUGCAUGCUUCUAGUAUAUUGAAGUGUUGCAUGGUAGGAAUAUUUGGUCUGUACUCCAAUGCAGCAGCUAAAUACUGUUGAUUGCUGCAAUAUUUAAAUUGUGCCUUAAUAGGGAAUAUGAAAUAUUAUGAUGUAAUCAAACUUGUACCAGAUUUGUUCAAUGAACCACAAUAUUUCCCUGAAAAUGGUCAAAGUUUGGUCAAGAUCUUUAAUAAACUUUAACUGGUUGAGUGGGCCAAAAUAUUUAACUAAAAUGUAAAUGUUACAUGAGAGGUGAGGUUGUCAGAUCUCUAAUUUACAUAAUGUUAUGCUAGAUACUGUAUUUGUUCUAUUAGUAGUGCAUCUCUAUUAGCAUACCAACACUUGUAUUUAAUGUAUACUGGAUCAUUAAAAUAUGAGUUAGUUUGAUCAUU